AUGAAAACAGUGCCGCCAUCAACAUCGACAGUGUUAAACGAGUCAACCGUUCGGCAGUGUUUGCAGUUGAGGAAUACAAAUGAAACUCGACAGUAUUCUGAUGAAAUGGUCAAGUUGAUUACGCAGCUGGCAGUGAAGCUGAUCAAGGAGACUCUACAUCGAAGUGUUGUAAGUGCGUUGGACAGUUGUUCGAAUCGCGUGCAAAUUGAUCAUUUCCAUCGGAUAAUCGCUCAAAUUAUCAUUGAUUUUGAUUUGUAA